CCACUCCACUGACAGUGUUUGACAGGUAACGAAGGGAACAAAAAAAACAAACACAAAUUCGCUCAUCCCGCAGAGCUCGCUCGUACGGAAACUCGUCGUCGUCCCGUUCGCAUUGUUACAAAAACGUCCUCGAACACAAAAGUAGCAAAUUACCGAAGCGAUGCAGCGGCUUUAGUGUAGUUUUUUGUUGCUGUGCGUGUUUACUUGUGUUAACCGUUUGUGCAACAGCCGCCCAGAGCAAAGCCAGCCGACAAGAGCCAGUUUUCUCCACCACCCAAAAACACAACGACGACGACGGUGCAUUAUUCAAUCUCGCGAGCAAAAGUGACCUUUCGGUCCGUCGGUCCAGAAAGCGCCCGCCCUACUCCUUCUUCACUCCACCCGCACCUGCACCCCAGCUAUCCGCCCGUUAGCCCCGCAAAACGAUGAGCGUGGUGGGCAAGAAGCUCAGCUCGUCGAUCGCCGCCCAGGAUGCCCAGGAAGGAUCCGGGGCGGCAACGGGGACCCCGUCGGGAACCCCGUCCACAGGCGCGACCGGCCCGACCAGCCCGAUCACGCCAGACUACGUGCUGCAGCUGAACAAAAUCACCGACGACUACCUCUGCACGCCCGAUGCGAACAUUUACGAGAUCGAUUUUACCCGCUUCAAGAUACGGGACCUCGAGUCCGGUGCGGUCCUGUUCGAGAUCGCGAAACCAUCGCUCAGCGACAUCACCCACACGGCGGCCGGUAGUGACAGUAGUAAGCCGAGCAAGGAGCCGGGUGCGGCCAGCGAGGAAGCGAGUAGUGGGGCACCGUCCGCUACCACCGGAGAACGGGGCCCGGAGGAGGCGGAGGAAACGUUCGAACCGAAUGCUGGCCGCUACGUGCGAUACCAAUUUACACCGCAAUUUCUCAAACUAAAAACCGUUGGUGCUACUGUCGAGUUUACCGUUGGCAGCAAGAGCGUGAAAAACUUUCGCAUGAUCGAGCGGCACUUCUUCAAGGAUCGGUUGCUGAAAACGUUCGACUUUGAGUUUGGCUACUGUAUUCCCUUUUCUAAAAAUACGUGCGAACACAUCUACGAGUUCCCCACUAUCCCGCCGGAUCUAGUGAACGAAAUGAUUCAGCAUCCCUUCGAAACGCGCUCGGAUAGUUUCUACUUCGUCGACGGUUGCCUGGUGAUGCACAACAAGGCCGACUACGCUUACAAUGGGGGGCUGUGAGCAGGGCAUGAGACGCCGACGGUGGUGUUUUUUUCCCGUGUAUGUGUUUGUGUAUGUGUGCAUUGAAUUUUGGUAAUAAUUUUGCCUCGCGAUCUUUUCGCGCGAUCGUACGAAGCAAGGGCGCGGUUUUACGUGUGCGCGUUUUUGUGUGUGUCUUUUGUAUGUACGUGAAUGUACGUGUGCCGGUAAUGGAUUUCUCAUUCGUGUACAGACCCACACACACACACAAACCGGGCCACUACAUUACGCAGCAAAAACGAGGGAAACGCGAGGAUACGCGCCACCACUGCACGCGGUUCUUGUUCUAGAAAUCUCCCCCAAAACGAUCGAUGAUGCUGCUGCGACCAGAUGUGGCGGUACCCCGCCCGGAGUGGAAGGUGAAUCAAGCUGCAAGAAAGUGACCAAAGAGGCCGAACGGGGGACGGGGCGAAGUUAAAUGAUAAACAAACAUCAGCAACCCUCAGGCGUGGCCGCAGUACGGUAAACACGAGAGCAAGAGAGAAAAAAAGAAACAAAACAGGUACGUUAUAUAUAAACAUUAUUCUAUAAUGCAGAUCAGCAAGAGAAAAAAGUAGAAAAA